CACACUCUCUCUCUCUCUCUCUCUCUCACCCCGCACCCCUAUUCCACUUCGUCCUCGGCGGCGCGAGGGCAAGCUCCAAGGCUCCGCUUCCAAUGGCUUCGGCGUCAUCGGCCGCGUGCGCAGAGGGCUCGUGCACCGACGGCCCCGUCCUCAGCCUUCUCAGCAAGCGCCUCCGCAAUCUCCGCAAGAAGUACAACCGCAUCGUCCAGAUGGAGGAAGCCCAAGCCCAGGGCAAACCCCUCAACAAGGAGCAGGAGGAAGUCGUUCGCUCUAAGCCCGCCGUCGCUGCUCUCAUCGAUGAGUACGAACGCCUUCGCCAACCCCUCUCCGUUGCCCUCCAGGAGGAGAUCUCCCGCUUCUCCACUCCGCCCCCUCCCCCUCCCAAAGACGACGAUGAAGACGAAUCCGCUGUUGAAGAUCUUGUCAAGCUGCUCUACUUCGCUUCGCUCUUCGAUGUGAAGCCGCAGUCGGAGUUCGCCGCCACGAUGCUUACUCGCACCCAUGAGCGCGGCUGCUGCCUCACCUAUGACUAUGUCACUGAUGAUGCCAGUACGGAUCUGCUCGGGGAGCGUGACCUCGAUGCCAUCUCGGCUCUCGGGGCUCUGCUCACAUCGCGGCCUGCUUCUUCUGGGGUUUCUCACCGCGAUGCGCUACGUGGAUGCGUCCGGCACGCGCGGCUCUGGUUGCAGAGCUCUGAUGAGGCUAUCCAUCCUGGAUCCUACGACACUUAUACUGUGCUUAGGGAGAAGCUGAACAAAAUAAUGGCGUCAGAUUACUACACAACGACGCCGGAGAUGAAAGCGCCCGUGGAUGUCGCCGCGGCGGUGGAGAAGUACACAUCUUCUUGCCAGGUUCAGGUUUCUGAGACUAGCGUGGUGCCAUCUCCGGAUGAACAGGUUGAAGGCGCCCCGGUAGGUGAUCAGCAUAAGGAAGAUGAGCAUGAAAAUCAUGGAGGGAGUCAAUCCAACCCUGAUCUACCUACUCAUGUUGAGGACCAUCUGAUUUUGGACGAGGUAGAUACUCCAGAAGAAGAUAUCACAAACGAGCAGGAUCAGCAAAAACUCGAGCCAGAUACUGAGGAGCAACAGUAUCAAAUGACGGAUGAGAUCAAGGAUCAACAACAGUACACAGCCCGGAGACCAUACCCAAAUCAACGAGGCGGUGGUCGUGUUAGUGGUCGGAGGGGUUAUGCAAACCCUCGUGGUGGUGGUGGCCGGGGAGGCCGAGGGGGUGGCGGCUACCCCAACGGGCGGAACCAUUACGACUCUGGCUACGGCUAUCAAGCCAGAAACUAUCCAAACCCGAGGGGGAGGGGUGGCGGCAGGUCUGGCGGUACAGCCACGUACGGAGCUGCAAAUCACCUUGGCCAUUCCCCCAGAAAUGUUGAGUUGAAUGCUGUGAGUUAGUUGCCUUAAGGCUCUCAAAUUGAGCUUACAACUCUUAUCUACAUGAGGACUCAGUCAGUUUCCUUUUCAUGGCACCCUGUUUAAAUUUUUUUUCUUUUAAUGACACCCUUGUGUAUUUUUCUAACUGUGUACUAUUUUUGGGCGAGGAACUGUAGAUGGAUCAUGGGGGGGUGCCUGGGAAAGUGGUUUGUAGAAAACCCGGAUGUUAUAUUGCUUUUCCUUCUCAUUUUAGUAUCCAUUUAGGUGUUGACCUUUCUUCUUUUUUUUUUAAUAUGUUUUUAUCUUGUUUCUCA